UGGAUACCUCGACUCCCGACCGUUGCGCGCGAGCACGGCCUCCCCGCCGGCCGUAAGGAACGCGGCCGGUCAGUGCGCAGGCGCGGGGCGUGCACGUCCGGCUUUCCCGCGCGGCGCCCGGCGCCCUCCGCCUCUCUGCUGCUGUCCGCUCCGACACUGACCUGGCGGGGAAGCGGGCGCGGACCCCGCGCCGCACGCAGGAGCGCAUCGGCCUCGCGGGCUCGGCGCGCCACUGCGCUCAGAGCCAGGCCCCUCGCAAACACGCGCCUGUCCAGGGACCCACGCCCGUGGGCCCGACCUGGACACACGCGGGCCCUCUCCCGCUCCGCUACCGCUCACGCCGGAACGCACACGCGGCGCUCCCGGCCAACCCCCGGAGACGCUGCGGCCGCCGACCCCCGAGCGAGCAGAGACGAGUUCCGGGGGCCGACCGGGGGUCGGGAUGAGCCGGGGCGCUGCAGAGGGCGCGGAACAGGCAACAGGAUGGAGCCCAGAAGACAGGGACAGAAGGCUGACGGUGAGAUGCUCUGCAGAUGGGGCCUGGUCCCUUGGGAAGAGCCCCAACCACCCCCCAGGCCCCUCACACAGCAUGCAGAAGUUGCUAGGGCAGGAGGCAGGCCUUUUCAAAGGUCCCAUCUGAAGGAUUCACUUUCCUGCCCCAAGCCCUGCCUUCCGACAUGGCCAGUGCGCAACAGCCCUGCUGGCUCUGUCCGGUCCCCAGCCUUAGCCAGACUUCACUCCCCAAGGGCACAAACUGCUCCACCAAACAUCACAGCUGUCAUUUCAUUACACUAUUGAUGCCCGUCUCCUGUCUGUGAGCUCUAGGAGAGAAAGGCCCAUGUGUGUGAUUUGCUUCCAAGUGUUCGGCAUCAAGCCCCGCACAUGAUGGGGCUCAAUGCAUCUAAUAAUGGCAGUGAAGGAGGAGGUCAUGAAAGACUCUGCAAAGGGAGGGUGCGCAGAGCUGGUGACCGCUCUGGGUCCUGCAUGUCUCCACACGAUUCUCAGUGGCUUCCUGUUCUGUUCUGGCACUGGUGGGAGCUAGGAAGGUGACAGCCAACACGGUUCCCAGGCUCCCCAGCAGCAGUGCGGAGGCACACACACCUCUGGCCGGACGCCCACCAUCUUCCCUUUCACUGCACCAGCCCCCUAACACCAGAGUAAUAACCCCUCUGCUUGAAAUCCAGAGGUUUCUCUAACCCAACCUGCACAUCAGCAACGCAGAAAGUCUGUCCAUAUUUUCUAAAUCCCAGGCAGUUUGACUAGCAAGGACGUGGAUGAGCGAGGGAACACAUGACACAAACCUUGCUCUAAAGCAGCUCACCCCCCUCUCACCCAGCAGGACUAGGAGAACGUAUCUGUCCUACCAGACCAUUCCCAGGCGUUUACGGCCACAGGCACACCAUGACCACUGCAGAUCCCUACAGGGACAAGCCAGGGCCACAGACAGUCACAAUUCUCCACCAAGAGCCAGACCCUCCCAGGACACCUGCAUGACAGCAGCCCAGCAGCCACCAAGCCGGCUAGCUUGGAGCGGAGAGACCACAUCUGUGCACCUCGAUGGGCCAAAUUCUCACCCGUAGAACUUGGCUGUGGUUUGCGAUCCUGGAUGAGAAUGCCUUACUGCGGGACGGCUGUGUCAGAUGUGGUCCGCAGCCGGGAGGCAGGGACUGAGGGGGUGUGGCCACUCCGCGCUGGCCACACAGUAGAUGCUCAUUAACAUCGUCUGCUACUCCCUGUGGCAACAGCGCCCCCAGAAGGCUCUGCAGGCCAGAAGUCAGGGGUCGUGUUGGCUUUCCUCUCCUACAGCCCGGACUGGAGACCCUUGCUUGCCUUGGAGAUGGGCCGUCAGUCUGAGGAGAGCUCUGGGGGCAAGGCCAGGGUCAGCGGACCUGGCGGCCUCCACACUACACUCGCAAAGGAAGAGGGGCACGCGCCAGCUCACGCUGGGUUUCCUUCCCCUUCUCUGUCUGCUUAGAAUCCCUGCCUGCCCUCGCCCACCCUCCCCACACACUUCUUGACGGGUCUUUUGUGACUAGCCACAUAAGGCCUCACACUGCCUUGGGGAUUCUCACCCCACAAGGAGCGGGCCCCAUGCAGGAUGAGGAUAGUUCCAGCAAGACGUUCUCAGAGAAGGCAGGCCCUGGGGGACAGAACACCCCUCUUUGAGGGCACAAUGCAAGAGCAGCUCUAGAACCUCCGUUCUGGAAUCUGCCCCUGCUUUCCCAGAGCCUGCCUUGACCCACACUAGUCCACGGCUGCCUUCGCUUCCCACUCUGAGCUCUCAGCCCUGGUCACUCCCCUGCCUCUGCCCCAGUCCCAGAAAGACUUCAGAAACAGGGGUGCAGCCUUGAGAGCCCCAGGGCCCAGCAGCCUCCUCCGGCCCUGUUGCCCUACCCUUCUAAUCCCGGUCAGGCCUCUGCCCCGCCCCCUGCUCCUCCCACCCAAGGCCUCGCCCCCUCCCGUGGCACCCCACCCUCCAUGAAGGGCAGUGCCCAGCGAAAACUGGACCAACAAAACUUCAUGGAGCAGGUACGCGAAUGCAGGGACAAUGGCUACCUGCUGUCUUCCAGGAAGAUUGGCUCUGGGGCCUUCUCCAAAGUCUACCUGGCCUAUGCCACACAUGAGCGCAUGCGGCACAACCCCAAGCUGGCCUCCGACCUGCGAGGCAAGCACCAUGCCAUGGUGGCUAUCAAGAUCAUCUCCACGGCUAAGGCCCCUGUGGAGUUCUCCCAGAAGUUCCUGCCCCAUGAGAUAUCAUCCCUCAACGCUACCUACAAGCACCUGAACGUGGUGCAGCUCUAUGAGACCUACCACAACAGCCAGCGCUCCUACUUGGUGCUGGAGUUGGCAGCCCGCGGGGACUUGCUGGAGCACAUCAACGCCAUGUCAGGCCACCGCUGCCGCCCAGGGCUGGAAGAGGAGGAGGCCCGUGGGCUGUUCUGGCAGCUGGUCAGUGCCGUGGCCCACUGCCACAGCUCUGGCAUCGUGCACAGGGAUCUCAAGUGUGAGAACAUCCUGCUGGACGACCAGGGCCUCCUAAAGCUGACCGACUUUGGCUUCGCCAACCGCUCGGGCCUCAAGGACUCGCUGCUGAGCACCUUCUGCGGCUCUGUGGCUUACGCGGCCCCCGAGAUCCUCAUGAGUAAGAAGUACCACGGGGAGCCGGCCGACCUGUGGAGCCUGGGUAUCAUCCUCUAUGCCAUGGUGUCCGGGAAGCUGCCCUUCAGGGAGCAUCGGCCACGCCGCGUGCUGCACCUCAUGCGCCGAGGCCCUGCCUUCAGGCCGGGCGUGUCCCCAGAGUGCCAGGACCUGAUCCGGGGCCUGCUACAGCUAAGGCCGCGCGCACGCCUGGACCUGCAACAGGUGGCUGCCCACUGCUGGAUGCUGCCAGCCAGGCAUGCGCUCUUCUGCACCAUGCUCCGCUGGUCGCCAGUGAAGCCAGCCAAGUCACAGCUGCCCGCAACCCUGCAUCCCACGGAGCCUGGCGGAGACUCAGAGCGUCCAAGGUCACUCCUGCAGCUCCGGCGCCCCCAGCACGGGGGGACUCACCGGAGGAAUGCUUCUGGCCUGACGCCUGAGCCCCCAGAGGGAGUCCCAAGAAGAGGUGCAGGAUCUGCCCAGCGGGAGCUCCGGAGCAUGAUGGUAGCCAGCCUGGGGGUGGGCGCCUCCCUGAGCUCCACGUUUGCCGUCAGGACCAUGCCUGAGCACUGCCUGGGCACCCCAGGAUGGGUAGGCCCAGGCGAGGCCAGAUAAAGCAUUUAUU